GUCGAUUUCUUCAACCGGACUUUUGAGAAUCAGGAAAAGUUCGAACUCACGUUCUCUCACGAAGUUGAACAUGAAUGACGACCGAUCACAUUCUUUAUCAAAAUAUACCAUAUUUUCAUUCACAGAAAGGACUAUAAGGAAAUAUAAACAUUUAUUUGAUAUAGCAGAGUCUUUAGGAAGUUGAAAAUAGGAUAAAAUGCCGAGAGGGAAGAAGAAAACGAAGGGAGCUGGUGGGAAGCAUAAUGGGGGCUCACGUGAGGCUAGUGACGUAGACACCCCAGAUAAUAUGAGUGUGGUCAGCAACCUGUCAGAUGCUGGGAGCUUUGCUGCAGAUCUAGAGGCUGUGGGUAUUGUGUCGCCACCUAUCCAGGAGAAUGGGGAAGUUGAUGAAAGUAGCUCACAAGAAGACUUUGAAGAAAAGUUAAAAGACUGCAUUGAUGGAUGUACACAGAAGAGUGCUAAAGGACGUACAACUUGUCUAACAGGUUUGGCACAAGCUUCAAAGAAGAAAUACCUGUAUGACUUUUUUGUAGACAGGAGGAUGACAGUGACUGAUGCUAUAGCAAGAUGUCUGAAGAAAGGCAAAGCAGAGGAAGUCUCAAGUGCUUCUAUGUGUGCCAUACAUCUCUGUCUACAGCUAGGAGCUGGUGACGAGGCUGGUGAAGCCUUCCAGGAGCUCAAACCAAUACUGAUUAAAAUCAUCAUGGAUGCCUCUGCACCUCUGAAAGCUAGGAGUAAUUGCGCCAUUGCACUUUCCAUGUGCAGCUUCAUAGCAGGGGGAGAAAUAGAGGAAAUUGUAAAAGUCAUGGAAAGCUUUGAGAGCAUAUUUAAGGGGUCUUACUUGAAAGGUGAUGGUGGCGCCCCCAUGUUGAGUCCAGAGAUGUCAUCUUUACAUGAGCAUGUCCUUUCAGCUUGGACGUUACUCGUAUCUAUAGCACCUCAGUCUGUCCUGGAUGACAUUAUAGAAAAACACUUACCAAAACUUCCUGAGCUGUUGGCAAGUAAUAAUGUAGAGUUACGCAUUGAGGCAGGGGAGGCCAUAGCCCUGCUGUUUGAACUAGCUAGAGAUGAAAAUGAGGACUUUGAGUUUGAAGACUUGGAAAAUCUCUGUGAUAUUCUGAAGAAACUAGCCACCGAUAGCAACAAAUUUCGUGCCAAAGUUGACAGGAGGAAACAGCGCUCUAGCUUUAGAGAUGUGCUCAGGACUGUAGAGGAAGCUGAUGCCCCUGAAAUGAGUGUAAAAUUCGGCAGAGAAUGCUUAGAAAUUUACAGCUGGGUGCGCAAGAAGCAGUAUGACAUGUUCUGUUCUGCCCUGGGUACAGGAAUGAAUCUACAUUUACAGGAGAAUGAUCUCGUCCGUGAUGUAUUCGGCCUUGGUGCACCAAUUCCUCAGGGUGCUGCUCCAGUAUCGAAAUCUAGUAAAAUAGAAAGAACUUUAUACAAUGCAGCUGCAUUCAAAGCAAGGACUAAGACACGAUUAAAAAACAGAGACAAAAGAUCAGUUGCCUUCAAUAGUUGAAUAAACCUUCAUUUUAACCAAAUCAAAACCUAUUGAUUAAUUUAUUAUUUUGCCAAUAAUUGAUUUUGUGUGAAGCAUCUCAAAAAUACCUCGACGAUGACAUAUUGAUUCAAAUAUGUGGAUAUGUUAUGAUUUAAAUGCAGAAGGAGAACAGAUCAUUGAAGACUACAAUCUACAUCGCAUGAAUCUGGAGAUGUACACCAAUGGAUUUGAGUCACUCAGCUAGUACAAAUCAUUCUUUAUAUUGGGGCCUUGAAUAUUAAUUAUCUGUAUAGCAGUGUCUGUUGGGUCAUUUAAACACCUCCAUAGUCAUCCAUUUAAUGUAUAAUCAGAAUCCAGCUAAACAGACACUUUACCUUUAGGGACCCAACCAUAUGUUUUUGCUAUACUCAUAAGCUAAUUGUGGCGUAUGUACCACAUUGGUUAGAUGAGAAGGAUGUGUUUUACAGAAGAUGCUGUAUUUAAAUGCUCACGUAAAGCUUUAUGCAGAAUACCUCAACUUAUGAACCAGACAAUCAGGGGUACAUUUCUUAAAAUAAUCCUAAUUCCAAGUAGAUCUUUAAUCAUGACAUUUAUUUUCUAGUGCAAGGAUGAAUUUCUCAGAACAUAUUUUGAUAAAUGAACCCCUGGAUGAAAAUUUAUAUGGAAAAUUGAAAUUUUUAAAUGGAGAAUCAAAUCAUCAUAACAAAUAGUUGAUAACAAAAUUUGGAACUCCGUAUUCAUAAAAAAUAACUCCAAGAAUGUUAUUAAUUGUAACAUUGUUGA